AACGAGAAGAAAUUAGAGCAUCUAUGGCGGCUGAAGGGAGCAAAGGAGAGACUCAAGUUGGUGAAGGCUGAUUUAAUGGAAGAGGAGAGCUUUGACGAAGCAGUCAUGGGUUGCCAAGGAGUCUUCCACACUGCUUCUCCAGUUCUUAAACUCACUCUCGAUCCAAAGACAGAAAUUCUAGAACCAGCUGUACAAGGAACAUUGAAUGUACUGAGAUCUUGUAAGAAGAAUUCUUGUCUGAAGCGCGUGGUCUUCACAUCAUCUUCUUCGGCUGUAAGAGUAAGACAUGAUUUUGAUCCUCAAAUUCCUCUUGAUGAGUCAUCUUGGAGCUCUCUGCAACUCUGUGAAACUCUUCAGGUUUGGUAUGCUUUAUCAAAAACUAUGGCUGAGCAUGCUGCUUGGGAAUUUUGCAAAGAGAAUGGAAUUGACCUAGUCACCGUCCUACCCUCAUUUGUAGUUGGGCCUAGUUUGCCUCCGGAAUUAUGUUCAACAGCAUCCGAUGCGCUUGGUUUAUUAAAAGGGGAAACAGAAAGAUUUAAAUGGCAUGGAAGGAUGGGUUACGUUCACAUAGAUGAUGUUGCAACCUCCCACAUCCUUGUUUAUGAGAAUGAAAAAGCAAAAGGACGGUAUCUUUGUUCUUCAACUGUUGUAGAUAAUACUGAACUAGUAUCCAUUUUAAUAACACGUUAUCCAUCACUCUCUAUCCCUAAGAGUUUCGAUCAAUUGGACAGACCUUACUACGAAUUUAACACGUCAAAACUUAAGAAGUUAGGCUUGAAUUUCAAAUCGAUUGAGGAGAUGUUUGAUGAUUGCAUUGCAUCGUUGGUGGAACAAGGCUAUUUAGAAGGAGUUUAAUUAGUUGUCUACAAAAUAUUAUGAAUAUUAGUCAAUGUACCUUGUAAAAUGAAGAAAGAAGGUUGUGGUUUUGGGUGGCAAUUGUUGGUGUAGGUUUGAGUACUACAUGUGGACACGUAUCCACGUGAAGGCUAGUGGCUUGUGUGGCUGCAAUUGCUACCUUCUUUCUAUCAUCAAACACAGGGUCCUUGAUAGACCCACUUAAACA